AUGGCAGGCUAUGGUGGAGCUGCAGACGGAACAGCUUAUAACCCUCAAAGUCAAAUGAAUUUGAGUUCACUCAAAAAUCAAAUAACAGAUGUCAAAAAGUCAAACAUAGACAUACAGAAACAAAUAAGUGAAAACGAAAAGAAACUAGAAUAUGACAGACACACAAAGAAACUCAAUGAGUUAAACGUAGAGAAAAAGAAGAAAGAAGAACAACUGAAAGAACUAAGUACAGAGGAAUAUGCGAAAAAAGUGUCAGAAAAAGCAGCAGAAGUAGCAAAAAUGGAACAAGAUGUUAUAAAUUUGAAAAACCAUACUACUCAAUAUAAAGUACUGAAAGAUGAAGAAAUAAAACAAAAAGCCCUGAAGACAUAUAUGGAUAGCGAUGAGUAUAAAAAAGAAGUUGAAGCAAAUGUAAAGGCAGAAAAACUUUUACAGUUGCAAAACCAAACCGUACAGUAUGAAAACUUAGCACAAGAAAGUAAAAAUAACGACGCAGCCAUGCAAAAGGCAAUGAAAAGCGCAGAAUAUAUAAAAGCUAAUAAUGACUGGUUAGAUGCCCAAGCCAACGCCAAAGCAGCCCAACUUAUAGGGUCAAUAAGGACAAAAAUACAAGCGGAUGAAGACAGUUCAAAUGAAGCUUUAAUGAAUGCUGACUUUAAGAACGCCUUCGAAGCUCUUCAUAGUAAGGUGAAACUAGUGAACGACUUCUCAUCUGGAAAGAAACUGAAGUCUGAAGGUUUCGACAAAGAGUUAAGAGAAGUAGCACAAAAUAUGACGAAAAUAACAGAUGCAGCAACGAGACAGGCAGUUCAAAGUGCCUAUGACGCCGUUAGAGCAACUGUUGUGGAAAGUCAAGAAAAAGAGUUACAACAGACCAAAACAGACCUAGUAAAUGCUUUCUUAAAAACGAAAAGUCAGGUAGGACAUUAUGCUGCAGAUGGAACAUAUGUGCCAGCUGGUGGAACUUAUAUACCAGCUG